AGCUUUAAAUACUUUUAAUAAAAUUUCUCGUUAUAAGUUUAGAAAAAUAUGUCCUCUAAAGCUAAGAAAACUAGCAGCAAGACCAGAUCGUCACGUGCAGGCCUAACAUUCCCAGUAGGAAGGAUCCACAAAAUGUUGAAGAAGGGGAACUUCGCGCCAAGAAUUGGGAGUGGAGCGUCAGUCUUCUUAGCUGCAGUGGUCGAGUACUUGGCGUCGGAGAUCUUGGACCUUGCGUCAGAAGUCGCGUUUCAGAACCAAAAGUCGAGGCUAGUACCCCGACAUUUGCUGUUCGCGAUUAAAAACGAUGAAGAACUGAGCAGAAUGCUCACUGGUGUCACUAUAUCCCAAGGGGGUGUACUGCCAGCGAUAAACGCACAGUUGCUACCGAAGAAAACCAUGAAAAAGCAAGCCGAGUCAAGUCAGAAGUCGCAACAGUUUUAGAGGAAGGAAAAAAAGAAAAAAAAAUCGAAAAAUAAAAAAAAAAAUAAAAAAAUGUAACGAUAUCAUUUGCAGACAGAAAAAUGAACGAAAAUCUCGAAACAUUGACAACUAUCAAUUGAUUAUUUUGACGGAGAGUAACGAAUUACGCUCAAAAGAACCUGAAUUAAUGGAAGCAUGUCGUACGUUGAGAAAAAAAAACCGAAAAGUAUAAAAAAAAAGUUAUAAGAAAAAAAAAAUUAAAAAUACAAAAAUAGUGCUGUUAUAUUUAUUAUUAAAUUAUUCAACUCAUUUCUUACUUGGUGGUGGGUCUUCAGAACAAAGUCCUUUUGAGGACUGCAAU